GUCGGCAAAAGUAGGAUAAUUUGCAAGAGAUUACACUUCGAAUUUAAUAAGUUUUUAAUACGUUAAGUUAUCAAAGUCCUGCGCUGUUUACUUACUGCGCGUUACUGAUAAUCUCGCAGUUUGAAAAGAUCUGCAAUAGAAGUCUACAAGAUGACAGAAGUAGAAGUAACGCAGACCCCUUCAGAGCUCCUGGCUAGCGGGCGGCGAAAUCUAGCCGUAAGGGACUACAACGCGGCCACGGAAGCUCUCGCCAAAGCCUGCGAGCUCCUCGCCAAAGAACAUGGGGAUACUGCUGACCAGUGUGCAGAAGCAUAUCUAUGGUAUGGUAAGGCCUUAUUGGGCCUCUCAAGAGAAGAAAGCGGGGUCCUCGGUGAUGGUAUGCCGGGAACAGGCAAUGCUGAUGGCGAGGAAGAAGAUGACAAUGAAGAACAAGAAGAAAACGGUGAGAAUGGCGAGGAAGAGAAUGGGGAAGCGGAAGCUGAGCCUGUAAAGGCAGAGGCCGACGAUGGAGUGAAGAAGAGUGAGGCGGAGUCCACCACUAAAGAUGAGCCGGCCAGCAGCAGCACUGCCGAUGAUCAACCUGGUCCAUCUAAUGGAGAGGCAGCUGACGAGUCAAUGGCUGACUUGGAAAACGAAGAUGAUGUUGACAACCUCCAGUUGGCAUGGGAAAUGUUGGACUUGGCGCGCAGCAUCCUGCGCAGACGCGUGGAGGGCGGCGGAGACGCAGCGCGCGCGCAGCUGGCCGACGUGCACCUCGCGCUCGGCGAGGUCGCGCUGGAGAGCGAGACUUACGACAAGGCAGUCAUCGACAUGCAAAGCUGCUUAGAAAUCCAAAAGGAACUGUAUAGCAGUGACGACCGCCGCAUUGCUGAAACCCACUAUCAAAUUGGUCUAGCAAACUCUCUCGCCUCCAACUUCGAAGACGCCAUAACCCACUUCAAAAACGCGGCCAACAUUCUCGAAACUCGCAUCAAAACUUUAGAGAACCCAGCAGCAGUCAAAGACGAUGCCACCGUCAAGAAACACUCCACUGCAGACCCACUCUACUCCAUAGAAGCAGAAAUUAAAGAGUUGAAGGAACUGUUACCGGAGAUCCAGGAAAAAAUACAGGACAUGAUGGACUAUAAGACUGAGACGAAAAAGCGUCUCGCCGAAACGCUGUUCUCAUCAAACGGCGAAAGUUCUCAUCUCAACGGCGCUGGCUCCAGCUCCUCGGAGGCGAAACCGAAGCCUGCUGCCUCAGACAUCUCCCAUCUCAUCAAGAGGAAGAGGAAGUCCAGCGAAACUGAGGAGGCCUCCUCCGCUAAGAGGGCUAACACGUGAAUACCUAUCCUUUUCAACACCAUUUCCACAGCAAAAUCAUUGGUCUAAAAAGUGGAAUGUUUUAAUAUCACCUUUAUAAGGAUUAUGUUUAAGAUAAGAGCUUGCGCACUGCCGUUGAUAAACGUUUGUCGGUUUUGUGUGUACAAUAAAUUGUCUAUGAGAUAAACUGAUAAUACCUAGGCCAAAUGAAGUGAUUCAACUUGGUAUUUUUGUCUGAUAGUAAUUUUAAAUUGUAUCCAUAGAAAUGUUUCGCUAGUUCGCAAACUCAUGCGUUAUGGUGCUAUUCCACGUUAAAUUUUUGAUCAGAUAUGUAUUUACAUAUGUCUUACAUGCGACAUGAGAGUGAGACGAGACGCAAUGCACAUUUGACCAAAAAUUAGACAGAUGGCAUGGCACACUUCACUUAGGAAAUGUGAUCAACACUACUACUUGGUUAAAAUGUUUAUGGUACCUAACAUUUGUUUGUCUGCGCCUUAUAUCAAUAUUCCAAGAUUCCUAAGGUAGGUAUAUAACUAUACUUUGUUCCAUUAGUGUUCCACAGAUACAAGAAGUUAAAUAAUAAUUGAAUCACGUUUGGUUUCGCUGGUUUACAUCAUUUUUAUGUGCUAAUAGAGUAAUGUGCUAAUGUGCUAAUAGAAAUUAGCACAUUAAAAUGAUGUAAACCAGCGAAACCAAACGUGAUUCAAUUAUUAUGUAACUUCUAAGAAUAUAGUAUUUUUAUGACUAAACAUAUAUGGACGUGUCAAUUUUUCCUGUAUUUUGCGUAUAUUGCAGAAAUAAAAACUGCAACUAUUCUCAUAUUUGAAUGUUUCUUCAAAACUAGAUUACAUAGGCAGACUUCAAACUAAAAUUGACUCCUAUAUAAACUUACAAAGUGUUUUCUUACAUUAUUGUUUUUCUUACAGACAUUUCAAUGUUUGCAGUGGUACAUACAACAAACACCAAGCUAGGCAUUUCGUUAAGUUUUUUCAUUAGAUUUGAUCUGUUUUUUUCCAUUAUUUGUCGCUCAACUUUAUACGAUACUAAUCAUUUAUUUAACGAAAGGUCAUCUUGGUAUUGUAUAAACUUACAAUGAUAUAAUAUAAGGCCACGUUUUGACUGCUGUAACGAUAGGUAGAUAAUUAUGCUUCGUGGCUUGUAUAUUUAAAUAGAGGUGUUCACACGACAGACGACACGAAAUACACCGUCCUGUCGUUGCUUGUAUUGUAGGUAUAUGUACGGAGGUGUCCACAUAUAAAAUAGUUUAGCAUGAAAUGCUGCCUAAAACACAACUGUAAAGCAUUGAUAGCUCCAUGUGUUAAAAAUGAUACAAUUUAAAGUGUUAUCUUGGAUAAAUCUAGACAAUUGAUAAGGUAAGUAGUUUAUAUUUGGAUUUAUCUUUCUGUUACCUAUUACUAAUUUGAUUCGAUAAAAUUGUUACUAAAUUAUUAAAUGUAAUGUUUCACAAUUUGGUAAAUAAAAUUGAAGCAAGAGACUGAAUAUUGUAAGUCAAAGAAAUCGCAAAUUAUAUUAGUGUUCAACAUUAUCUACAUGACACUGCGUUUAAAUCUCAGUUUGAUUACUUAAAGAGCAUAAUUAAAAUAGAUUUGUAAGGUCUUAAUUUGUAGACUAAUCAACAAGAGAACGUAAUUAGAUUUUUGUGUAGGACCUUGUAAACACAAAAUAGGUAAUAAUAUUUGGAUGUCUUAGUAUAAAAUCAACUGUAAUUAUAGUACAUAUUUUUUUUUCCGGUUAUUACGGGCGAUCGAACAUCCCUUUGCUCUAGGUACGAGCAAUGAAAUAAAAUAAUCUCAUGGCGAUAAAUUGAAAUACGACCCAAGUUGUUUCAAAUCGCCACGAGUCGCGAAUUACAUUAUUAGCACUUGUAUCGCACAAUGUUGGAAGCAGCGGAUUGAGGACAAAAUGUAUGAAACUAUUAUACCGACCUGUUUUGCGACGGCCGCUCCGCUCGCCAUCCCGCUCACCGCGUGCGUUUAGUCCGCGGCCUUACAAGUAGUGUACUAUUUACAUUACACCUUAAGUAAGAGUACGGUGGCCCUUUAAAUUUUCUACAUAGGCACGUAAAGUGCGUCGUAGUUUAACUUUUUUUAGCUAAAAACUUCAUAAUAUUGUACAAGUUUAACCUGGGAAUUAUAAAUUUGGUAAAAUCAUUUAGUUUAUAUCAUUUAGAUGUUCAGUAUCGUAAGUCGUUAUUAUAAUAUAAUGUUGUAAACUUAAGGUUAAGAACGGUUUUAAUAAAUGAGACUUUAACAAUA